UCAACCAACUUCUCGACAAGCAGCCUCGCCAGCACUGCCGGUUGCUGCACCCAACGCGAACCUUUGAGGAGGACAAUCACAGACCAGACGACAGAUCGAACACAAUGUCAUCGUCCAUGGCGCCCCUCGCGCGCGUCCAGGCGCCCCUCCGACGCGCCCUUGCCUCGUCGGCUCGCUCCCGAGCUUUCGCCACCGUCCCUCCCACGCUCGGCUCAACAUCCGAGGCGUCAUCACAGCCCCCGAAGUCCGUCGCGCGCCGGCCGACGUACUUCAAAGACAAGACGGUCGCCUCGCUGGACGACUUCAUCGCCGGCGGCGCCGCCGCCGCAGCAAAGGGCACCCUCACCGACGCCGAGGCGUACGAGAUCCGCACCGUCGAGGUGACGGGCCCGACGGGCAAGAAGAAGACCAUCACGCGGCUGCCCGAGUGGCUCAAGACGCCGAUUCCCGCAGGCAAUGAGAACUACAAAGCCAUCAAGAAGGACCUGCGCGGCCUGGGCCUUCACACGGUGUGCGAGGAGGCCAAGUGCCCCAACAUCUCGGAGUGUUGGGGCGGGUCGUCCAAGAGCGCAGCGACGGCGACCAUCAUGCUUAUGGGCGACACGUGUACGCGCGGCUGCCGGUUCUGCAGUGUCAAGACGAACCGCGCGCCGGCGCCGCUGGACCCGCACGAGCCGGAGCACACGGCCGAGGCGCUGGCGCGGUGGGGCCUGGGCUACGUCGUGCUGACCUCGGUCGACCGCGACGACCUGGCCGACGGCGGCGCGCGGCACUUCGCCGAGACCAUCAGCAAGAUCAAGGCCAAGAAGCCGAGCCUGCUGGUCGAGGCGCUGACGGGCGACUUCAUGGGCGACCUGGACAUGGUGCGCAUCGUGGCCGAGAGCGGGCUCGACGUGUACGCGCACAACGUCGAGACAGUCGAGGCGUUGACGCCGUACGUGCGGGACCGCCGGGCGACGUUCCGGCAGAGCACAAAGGUGCUGGCGCACGUUAAGGAGGUGAAGCCCGAGAUGAUUACAAAGACGAGCCUGAUGCUGGGCCUGGGCGAGCAGGAGGAGGAGAUCAUGGAUGCUCUAAGGCAACUUCGCCAGGCCAACGUCGACGUCGUUACGUUCGGGCAGUACAUGCGGCCGACGAAGCGGCACCUCAAGGUCGAGAAGUACGUGACGCCAGACGAGUUCGAGAUGUGGAAGCAGCGCGCGCUGGACAUGGGCUUCCUGUACUGCGCCAGCGGGCCGCUCGUGCGCAGCAGCUACAAGGCAGGCGAGGCCUUCAUCGAGAACGUGCUGCGCAAGAGGGCGGGCGAGAAGGCGGCCAUGGCGGGGAGCAAGCAGCUCGGCCAGACGGUCGCGUUGGAGGAGGGCUUCAAGACGUUAUAAGCGUGGGGACAGUCGACAGAAGGCGACCGUGGGCGACUGUGGGGAUGUGUUGAGUGUAUGUACAAUUGCUGCGGAAGGGGAAUAAUGGGCGAAGGCUAGAAAGGGGCGGGUUAGAUGGCAUGGUUGGCGUUUUUUUUUUCGAUCUCUUUUUCGCUUUUUUCACUUUCGGGAAGGUCGGGACUUUCAUUCAUCAUGAGCAUCGCCAUCCUCCCCAGCAUCUACACGCAUCUCUUUCCAUCUCCCUCCUGAGGUGUAUCUUAGCUGUGUCAUCCACACACUUCUAAGCAUAGGAUAAACAAACACAACAGAGUGGCGUUCAACAACGGCCACACAAGAAGAAGAAGAAGAACAAGAAGAAGUAAAAGACUUCAACCAAGCGCCUCCCCACGUCGGUGCGAUGCUGACUUAACCUGGUAUGCCAGCGGGAUGGGGGGCAUGUCUCUCGUACCUGUCAAUCACAACCUAAUCCGUCCAAAGCCGUCCAAAGCCGUCCGUGUCUGGACCCAAGGGCGACGACAUCAACACCGGAGGGGGGCGUCAAGGGUUUAGCUGCCAAUUUCUCCGCGUGCCAGGAGCGCGUCACUCGCGACCAAGGCUCAUUUACAUACAUACUCACACACAAAAACACACACAAACACAACAUACACUCACUCUCUCCCCCCUCGGUUCCUUCAAUGGGAAAUAUUAUUAUCGACAGUUCGCUCCAUUGGGAAAAUUGCGCUUCGGAAUGGGAGCCUACGCGGCCGACAUGCCUGUCCGUCCUUGGCCGCCCUCCCCCAUCUGAUCUUCCUCUCUGGAUGUCGAGGGUCAAGGGGCGGCUGCGAGUCGAGUCCGGUGUUGCGCCGUCGGUCUGUUGAAGAUGUAACUCCUCUCUGUUCGAAAUGGUCGAGGAGGGAGGGAUGGGGCGUCAGCGGACAUGGACGGAGUAAGGCGACGCUUGGCCCAGCCGGGCCGCUGCCGUGAGCUGGGGAUUCUCGUCCUCCGUCACCUACGCUUUGGAAAAGCUUGAUUUUCUGUUUGGCCGUCACCCACAGUCCUCGCGUCCGUCUCCUUGCCCUGGCAAGGUCAGCGUGUAAGUCGGGAUUCUACUGAAGACGCCGAAAAGGAAUCAACGAGCCAGAACGAGAGCACAAUGCGACAUGAUAGAAACGAGAAACCGACGACGCUUCUCCCUUUGAAGCAAGACAAGUUUAUACCGUAUACUUGAUUCCCUCGUUCUCCAUCAGUGUUUUGUGUUUGGUGCUAACUCCCCGGACGAUGACCCGCAGAUAAAAAAAAACAAAAUAUCGAGUCCGUAGUCCUAGUCCUGCAGGUUUGCUGCGGGUGUGAGGCGUCCCUCAUUUUCCCCCCUCUCAAUUCAUACAUUUCCUACGCCCAGACUAU